UGGGCCCAUUUUCGUAGCCAAAUGUGUGACAAUUUGGAGCGGCAAUUAGCCAGCUCUCUGGUCUCCUCCGCGGUCUGAAGCUCUGGCCAACUAUAAAACCGAGCCAUCGAUUGAGUCCCAGACAUAAUUCAGUUCGUGCUCACAGACGCAGAAGAAGUAAAUCAAAAUGCAGCAAAUGUUGGUGAUACUGUCGCUGGGUUUGAUGGUGGCCUGUGCCGGAGCAAUGCCAGCCGUGGGUCCUGCAGUGUUUCCCGCAGCGUCUGGCUCUCCGUUUGGCGUGUUUCCUGGAUCUGCUGCUGCUCCCUUUGCUGCCUACACAAAUGGACCGUUUGGUGGCGCCGCUUCUUUUGUUGGUGUCCCCUUUGGAGCCGCUGCUUUUCCUGGGGCUCCAUUUGGUGCUGCUGCUCCUUUGGUUAAUGCUCCUCUGGGUGCUGCUCCUUUGGCUGUCUCUAGCAGUCAGCGUUUGGAUUACUUCAAUCAGUUCAAUGCCGCCUUCGGUCCGCCUGCUGCCGGACGUCUCCUGGCCGCUGGUCCUGCGGGAGUUGCUGCUCUGAAUGCUCCACCAUUUCCAGCUUCUCGAUUCUCGAUCCAGCCCGCACGAUUGAUUGCUCCAGGCCCAUUCUUCUUUUAACCUGGUAAAACUCAUUUCCAUUUCAUAGAUUUCCCCCGUAAGAAAUAAAAGUACAAAAUGGUUAACCACA